AUAGAAACUCGUGAGUCAUAAUUUCAACUACCAGUUCGAUACUCAGCCACACUGAAAACUUUCAGUCGAGGAUGAAAGAAAAUCUUCAAUGCGUCCUGGUAACGCACAAGGCGGCCAAAAAACGCCAAGGUGACGCCUACGGUACCUCGGGCAUUUUUCUUUCCGAUGGAUGGAUCCUUAGUCACGGGACUUUGCUGUCGCUACCAUUCGACGACUCUUCCGACCGCGACCUACAAAGCUUCCUCAUUGAUAUUCAGGAGAAGCACGACAGAGAUUUGCUCGUCGUACCGCGCGACCUGUCACAAACCUUAAAACUGCAGCUGCAGUAUAAUCGUCUGUCCAAUAACACUGAUGAGAAAUCAAGGGUGAUGGAAAAGGUAAUAAUUGAAGAUAAAAAUUGUUCUUUACGUAUUAUAUGGCGAUGUUCGUUGCUACAUCAAACCUUCAAUAGCUUGAAUUCUUGGAGUUUCGAGAAGGUCGACAAGUUCGACAAGUCUUUAUUGUCGAUUUUUUUAUUGCUGAAAGUGGAGAGUGGAACUGAAAUAAGGGCGGAUGAUAUUGCAGAGGGCAAGAAAGUUUUAAGCGACUUUUACAAGAGGCACUUGACCGAUUCGAGAAUUCCUUUGAGACGUGGCAUGCUAGUGGAAAUGGAGGCCACGCCGUUCGGUAACGCGACGUUCCUGGAUUCAGUGUCACGCGGCAUUGUGAGCAAUGUGUUCGGUGCCGAGGACUGCGUCAUCUUGACUGACGCCAACGCCUUGCCUGGUUGCGAGGGUGCACCACUCUUCACCUUCCGCCAUCCUGACAGGGAAGUCGAGAGGCAAAUUUGCGGCAUCGUGAUCGCUCCUUUAAGUUGGUGCCGUGGCGAGUGGGUUGAUUACACGUUCGCCGCUAAUUUGCGGCCUUGCCUGGAGGAGGUGCUGCGAGUAUCGGAUAUGAGUGUCGCUUUACCGAGCUUUGGCAGUUAUAUCAACGACGAUGACGACCAAGGACUCGAGGAGCAACUAUUGCCAGUUUCGUUGGAUAAGAGUCUCGUUAUCGUGAAGCGCGACUUCGGCUGGGGCACCGGAAUCGUUGUUGACGUUUCCACUGGCACUAUCCUGACGUGUUCUCAUGUUGUUCCACUGCCGCUAGGCAGUCGUGUGAAAGUCGGCCUAUUCGAGGACGAGCAGAGGAAGAAAGGUGAGAAAAUGAAGGCGGAAAAGGCGUGGGCGUGGACACGACUCGUGUACAGAACGUGCAACAAUCAGCCCUACGACGUCGCGGUACUCAGACUCGAAUCUCAGCGGAACGAUCUGAGACCUCUGUCACUUGCGCCAAAGAUACCCAGCAAAGGCACAAGGGUAAUGACGCUGGGCUUUCCAUUCUUCGGAGCAGCAAUUCCAGCGAGUUGUAGUCGCGGUGUCAUUUCGCAUCACUCGAGCUGCAUGAUCCAGACGACCUGCUGCGUCCAGGGCGGCGCGAGCGGCGGUCCUGUCAUCAACUGCGACACAGGCGAGAUGAUCGGCCUAAUUGUUUCUAACGUCGUCUCGACCACGGAAUCUGGUGCUCUCUACCCAAGGUUCAAUAUGGCCGUACCCUCGACGGUUAUCCGAGAGCCCUUGAUAAGAUACAUCUACACUGGCGAUGUCAAGUGCCUAGAUAGCCUUUCAAGUGGCGAUCCCAUGGUUUGGGAAACGUGGAAUUUUAAUUUAACACCAAGAUCAAAGAUGUAGCUGUUAUAUAAAAGGAAGUAUUUACAUUAUUUUUACAGACUUUUUAAAAA